AUGGCGAGCCGCGCAGCUCGCUACCGGCUGAGCUGCUCGCUCCUGGGCCACGAGCUGGACGUGAGGGGCCUGGUGUGCUCCCUCUACCCGCCGGGGGCCUUUGUGUCUGUGUCCCGGGAUCGCACCACCCGCCUCUGGGUCCCGGACAGUCCUAACAGGGGCUUUACAGAAAUGCAUUGUAUGAGCGGCCACUCUAAUUUUGUAUCUUGUGUGUGCAUCAUACCCUCAAGUGAUAUAUAUCCUCAUGGACUAAUUGCCACUGGAGGAAAUGACCACAAUAUAUGCAUUUUCUCGCUGGAAAGCCCUAUGCCAAUUUAUACUUUAAAGGGUCACAAAGAUACUGUUUGUAGUCUUUCGUCUGGAAAAUUUGGGACAUUACUUAGUGGCUCAUGGGACACCACUGCUAAAGUCUGGCUGAAUGACAAAUGCAUGAUGACAUUACAGGGUCACACAGCUGCAGUAUGGGCCGUAAAGAUUUUACCAGAGCAAGGCUUGAUGUUAACUGGAUCAGCAGACAAGACUAUCAAACUGUGGAAGGCUGGAAGGUGUGAGAGGACUUUUUCAGGGCACGAAGACUGUGUAAGAGGUUUGGCAAUUUUGAGUGAAACAGAAUUUCUUUCCUGUGCAAAUGAUGCAAGUAUUAGAAGGUGGCAGAUUACUGGAGAGUGUCUUGAAGUAUACUAUGGACAUACAAAUUAUAUUUAUAGCAUAUCUGUCUUUCCAAAUUGUAGAGAUUUUGUGACAACAGCAGAAGACAGAUCUCUCAGAAUAUGGAAACAUGGUGAAUGUGCCCAAACAAUUCGACUUCCAGCUCAGUCUAUAUGGUGCUGCUGUGUGCUAGAUAAUGGUGACAUUGUGGUUGGUGCGAGUGAUGGUAUUAUUAGAGUGUUUACAGAGUCAGAAGAUCGGACAGCAAGCACUGAGGAAAUCAAGGCUUUUGAGAGGGAGCUCUCUCAGGCAACUAUCGAUUCCAAAACUGGUGACUUAGGAGACAUUAAUGCAGAGCAACUUCCUGGGAGGGAACAUCUCAAUGAACCAGGUACUAGAGAAGGACAGACUCGUCUAAUCAGAGAUGGAGAGAGAGUUGAAGCCUACCAGUGGAGUGUUAGUGACGGGAGGUGGAUAAAAAUUGGUGAUGUUGUUGGCUCAUCUGGUGCUAAUCAGCAAACAUCUGGAAAAGUGUUAUAUGAAGGGAAAGAAUUUGAUUAUGUUUUUUCAAUUGAUGUCAAUGAAGGUGGACCAGCAUAUAAAUUGCCAUAUAAUGUCAGCGAGGAUCCCUGGCUGGCUGCGUACAACUUCUUGCAAAAAAAUGAUUUGAAUCCCAUGUUUUUGGAUCAGGUGGCUAAAUUUAUUAUUGAAAAUACAAAAGGUCAAAAGCUGGGAUUUGGUAAUACCAGUUUUUCAGACCCAUUUACAGGUGGUGGUCGCUAUGUUCCAGGCUCUUCAGGACCUUCCAACACAGUGCAGACAGCAGAUCCUUUCACAGGUGCUGGUCGUUACAUGCCAGGUUCUGCAGGUAUGGGCACCUCCGUAGCUGGAGUCGAUCCAUUUACAGGAAGUAGUGCCUACCGUUCAGCUGCAUCUAAAACGGUGAAUAUUUAUUUCCCCAAAAAAGAAGCUCUUACCUUUGACCAAGCAAACCCUAUGCAAAUAUUAGGAAAGCUAAAGGAACUUAAUGGAACUGCACCUGAAGACAAGAAGCUAACUGAAGAUGAGUUGGUACUUCUCGAAAAGAUACUGUCUCUAAUUUGUAAUAAUUCUUCAGAAAAGCCAACGACCCAGCAACUCCAGAUUUUGUGGAAAGCCAUCAACUGGCCUGAAGACAUUGUCUUUCCUGCACUUGACAUUCUUCGGCUAUCAAUUAAACAUCCCAGUGUGAAUGAGAAUUUCUGCAGUGAAAAAGAAGGAGAUCAGUUCAGCAGCCAUCUCAUCAACCUCCUGAACCCUAAAGGAAAGCCUGCAAACCAGCUGCUUGCUCUUAGGACUUUUUGCAAUUGCUUUGUUAGUCAGGCAGGACAAAAGCUCAUGAUGGCCCAGAGGGAAUCACUGAUAUCACAAGCAAUAGAACUGAAAUCAGGGGGCAAUAAGAACAUUCAUAUUGCUCUGGCUACAUUGACCUUGAACUAUUCUGUUUGUUUCCAUAAAGACCAUAACAUUGAGGGGAAAGCUCAGUGCUUGUCAGUAAUUAGCACAAUCUUGGAAGUUGUACAAGACCUAGAAGCCACUUUUAGACUCCUUGUGGCUCUUGGGACACUUAUCAGUGAUGAUACUAAUGCUAUACAAUUAGCCAAGUCCUUAGGUGUUGACUCUCAAAUAAAAAAGUAUGUCUCCGUAUCAGAGCCAGCUAAAGUAAGCGAAUGCUGUAGACUUAUCUUAAAUUUGCUGUAACAUUGGGGAAGGGAAGCUGAGGUUUUCAACUGAUUAAUGGGAGUACUUUUUUUUUUUCACAUUUUACAUGACUGAUUGCAGAUAUUUAAAAGAGAGAAGAAAGAAAACGGAACUGUGGGUUAAAUUCAAAUCUUAUAAAGUUGUGUUGAGGAGAAACAAAUUAUAAAUAAAGUUUUUGCACUGAUGGUUGUGAGGUUUUCCUGUGUAAUGGGGCAGAUUUUCAAGGGUAUAGAAACAUUAAAACUAUAGUCAAUAACAGCACAAUUACAGUGGCUUUUUCUUCCUUACCUUUAUUACUCAGGAGCGCACAGAUUUUUACUCAUGUCAUCUGCCUCUACUUCUGUGAGACCUUGUUCAGUUGGCCUCUGUGUUGUGUAUUAGCUUCUCCUCUUCCUUUCACUGUUGGGUUCUUUCAUUAGCACAUUUCAAAGCCCCUUAGGAUUUACUUGAAAAAUAAUUUUAACUUAGUUUGUUAUAAGUUGUAAAUUGAAAAAAUAUACAAUAAUUUCUUGAGCCAUUUGUAAAUAGAAAGUAUCAACGUUCAUGGUCCAUGUUUAGAUGAAGGAAGCAAAUUGGUAAACUGUUAUACAUAUCAAUUCAGACAACUGAGGCCUUAAGUGAUUAUGCGUUAGGAUAACUAAUUUUCUUUCACUAUAUGAGGUAAUUUCAUCUUUCAUUCUAGUUUUGAUAUCUUAUUAUUUGGUCAUUCUUCACAGGUUGUAUUAUUUCUUUUGCCCUUCAUUAUUUUUCAUUUCAGGUUUGAUAUGAUUGUAUACUUCUUGAUCAUCUUCAUUGCAUCAAAAAGAUUUUGGAAUUCAUUGAUUUUUAUUAGGCAUUUGUGCAAGCAACAUAUAUCAGACUUUAAGGUCAAGAAUCUGUCAUGUGAAAUUAAGUGUUUUUAACCCCUAAAAUGGUCCAGAUAGCACAUUAUAUACAUUGUCAUUUAAUUCUCAAAUCAGCUUUCUUUAAAAGAUGGUUAUUAUACUUCUGUUUUCAAAAGGAAAGAUAAUAGAAUAAGUUAUAAUGGGAAGGUAAAGGCGAGGGUACUCUAUGCUGUCUGCACAGAGCACUUGCCACGAUGCAGCUUUCUAAACAGGAAGCCACAGGCUUGUCUCUGAUAUCUUAACAACUAAAACAAAGGAGGAAAUAGUGCUGUUUCUUUUCCUUUUUGGUUUCAUGAGACAGUUUCUCUGAUAACCCUGGUUAUCCUGGCACUCUCUGUAGACCAGACUGACCUUGAACUCAGAAACCUGCCUGCUUCUGCCUCCUGAGUGCCAGGAUUAAAGCCACCGUGCUCAGAUCAAUGCCUUUAAAAAGUGUAUUUGUGUUGGUGUAUGUGUGUGCGUUUUGAUUUUGUUUGUUUUGUGGUGCUAGCUCAAACCCAGGUGCAUGCUGGGGAAGCUCUACCCACUGGAUUACAUUCCCAGCUCCAAUACUUCCAUUUUUAUUAUGGAAAGAAGAUGGUUUUACAAGGACUUUGCUUAAAAUUAUGAGCAGUGUUCUCAAAAUUAACAGUAUGGAGAACCAUGGGGUUUCCUGACUUAAUUCAGGGACAAAUUUUUUCCAGAAAGGGAAAGAAAAUCUUGACUGUUUGGAAUAAUCCAGGGGAAGAACUCGUAGAAUACCAUAAGAAGUGAGGAAAUGUAAAUAGGGCUGUAUACCUUACUAAGUAUUAAAUUACAGUCUCCUGAGUGUACCUAAACUCUUCGUUGCUUGUUCCUUUUAUGUAUUUGUGCUUUACUUUUGUUGAAUUGGGAUUUAAAUUGUUACAUCAAAAUUAAAUGGUAAAACGUAAA